GAUGGAAGAAGUGAUUGAAGCGGGGAAGAAACAUCAUGACAUCAAAACUGAUGAAACAUCCUUGAAUCCCUCGUUGCAAACAAGAGCCCAAAUAUGUUUCACUUGCCCUCAGUGUGGAGAGAGCUUCUCAUGCGAACAAAGUCUUGAUCUUCACAUGAAAUUUCACAGUGGAAUGAAGCCGUACGCGUGUGAUCAGUGCGAGAAGACUUUCAGGCAAAAAGCAAACCUUGCCAAACACAGUAAAAUCCACACUGACGAGAAGCCACACGCGUGUGAUCAGUGCGGGAAGAAGUUCAGAAAUAAAGGAAACCUUAAUGAACACAUGAAAAUCCACACGGGAGCGAUGCCGUACGCGUGUGAUCAGUGCGGGAGGAAAUUCAGACAUAAAGGAAACCUUAAUAAACACAUAAAAAUGCACGCCGGAGAGAAGCCCUGGAGAAUAACCACUGGAGAAAAACGGCACGCAUGCAGUCAGUGUGGAAAGAAGUUCAGACAAAAACACCUCCUUGAUCAACACAUGAGAGUCCACACUGGAGAGAAGCCGCACUCGUGCGAUCACUGCGGGGAAAGUUUCACACGAAAACAGAUCCUUAAUGAUCACAUAAAAAUCCACACGGGAGAAAACCUGCACACCUGUGAUCAGUGCGGGAAGAGUUUCAGGCAAAAAGCAAACCUUGCCAAACACCGUAAAAUCCACACUGACGAGAAGCCACACGCGUGUGAUCAGUGCGGGAAGAAGUUCAGAAAUAAAGGAAACUUUAAUGAUCACAUGAAAAUCCACACGGGAGCGAUGCCGUACGCGUGUGAUCAGUGCGGGAGGAAAUUCAGACAUAAAGGAAACCUUAAUACACACAUAAAAAUGCACGCCGGAGAGAAGCCCUGGAGAAUAACCACUGGAGAAAAACGGCACGCAUGCAGUCAGUGUGGAAAGAAGUUCAGACAAAAACACCUCCUUGAUCAACACAUGAGAGUCCACACUGGAGAGAAGCCGCACUCGUGCGAUCACUGCGGGGAAAGUUUCACACGAAAACAGAUCCUUAAUGAUCACAUAAAAAUCCACACGGGAGAAAACCUGCACACCUGUGAUCAGUGCGGGAAGAGUUUCAGAAAGUCAAGUGUUUUCAAAGUGCAUCUGCUCACUCAUUCUAGAGAAAGAAUUUAUAACUGUGACCAGUGCAGUAAAACAUUUUUUAGGCCAGAUGCCCUGAAGGACCACCUGAAAAUUCACUCAGAGGAGAGGCCUCACGUAUGUUCUUUGUGUGCAAAGAGCUUUAGACACCUGAAUGGUUUAAAAGUACACCAGAAAAGACACAGCGGUGUGAAGGAUCACAUUUGCUCGGAGUGUGGAAAGACUUUUUUUACACUCUAUGUACUGAAACAGCACCAGACAGUUCACACCGGAGAAAAACCUUACCAGUGUUCACACUGUGACAAGACAUUCAGUAUUUUAGGAAACCUGAAAAGACAUAAGAGUGUCCACACUAGAUAGAAGCUAUAUCACUGCCAGUCAUGUGAGAAGAGUUUCACGCAAUGAAGGCAUGUUUAGUUCAUGUUCUUGUUCAAGGUCUUGUACUUUCAGGUGCGAUGCUGCGUCCUCAAUUAACUAUCUGACCAUUCUUUGCAUGUGUGUGUGUGUGCGUGCGUUGCUUCAGGAGAGCAACCCUACAUUUGUGUUGUUUUAUUUUCUUUCUUAUGUACAGGUGCAUCUCAAUAAAUCAGAAUG